AUGAUCUCACUCAAAGGCUUGUUGCUGAUUCUUAGCCUUCCAGUUAGGCUUCUUUGGGUUACAAUCAAGUAUCCAUUCGUUGGAGGAGCCAACGCCAAGUUCAAGAAUAGCUUAGUGAACUCGUUGAAAAUUGAACUUUGUCGGUUUGCAUUGACUUUACCGGUCCAUGACACCGCAGCUAUCGCCAAUAGAACCACACAAGGUGUCAUUGACAAAUUGAAACCAUUGUAUCCAACCAGAACUAAUUUGAACAAUUACGGAAAGAAAUUUGAUAAACAAAGUAUUUGGCUUGUUGAAGUUAAAGGUAGAUCCCAUACUGAUCCAAUUGUGAUUUAUUUACAUGGCGGUGGAUACUUUAUAAACACGAGUCCUUCGCAAAUUACGUCAGUUUUGAGUAUGUACCAUUUACUUGACGAAGAAAAAAGGAAAAGGACAUCAAUCUUGGUAUUGGAUUAUAGUUUAGCUUGUCAUGGGCAUUAUAUUGGUACGCAAUUGUAUGAAUUAGCAGCAACCUACAACAAAUUAGUCUCGGAAGGAAAUGACAACUUUGUUUUAAUGGGAGAUUCAGCUGGUGGUAAUUUGGCAAUCACAUUUCUACAAUACUUGAAGCAAGAAAAGAAUCCAAAACUACCAUGGCCAAGAUCUGAAGUCUUGAUUAGUCCCUGGGUGAAACUUGCUGGAGACAAGCAUCAAUUCACACCGGGACACUCCUAUCACGAUAAUGAAAAACACGAUAUGCUCAGCUCAAACUUUGCCAAGGAUCCUAAACGCCAAGCUCAUUUACUAGGUGGCAAAAGUCCAGCUGACUUGUUGAUAUCUCCUGGCAACGUACCCUACAAAACCAGCGAUUGGAAUGAUAUUCCAACUUUAAAUAGCAAAGGUUACUCUACUUUUGUCAUUCUUGGCGAGCACGAAGUGUUUAGAGAUGAUAUAUUGGAAUGGUCAAAAUAUGCACUUGGAUCGCCCUUGGUGCCACAGAGUCAAGAGUCAAAAGGCAAAUUUGAUUCUAAAGCGCAUGAAUACAAGAGUGGUGGAAUUAACGAUGCAUAUAUUGACGUAGUUGUCGAACCUUGGGGCAUCCAUGAUUCGGUAUUGUUUUUUGAAAAUCGCGUUAUGGAGAAAUUGGAAAAACAGCACCACUUGAAAUUGAAUGACUUAGAUGAUGAGGAAUUAUUUGGCAUUGUCAAGAUAACCAAGUUUUUGAACAAGACAUUAGUGGUGAAGUAG